AUGUAUGAUUAUCCUCAUUUUACAGAUGAGAAAACUGAGGAACAGUCAGCUUCUGCUUCAGAGCAUCAGCAGCAACCACGACCCUAUCAAGGUGUCCGUGUCAAAGAACCGGUGAAGGAGCUACUGAAGAGGAAACGUGGGAACAUCGUUCAUAGUGUUAAUGCAGCUGCAGCGACAACGGUUGUUUUGCCCCAUCAGCCACUUCCGUCCUAUUCACCAAUUGGCCAGCCUUGCAUUGAUAUGGAUGUUACUGCCUCUUCAUUGCCAGUUACCGACGAAGGGGCAUUAUGUUCCGGUUGGCUCUCUCAGCCGUCUCCUGCUACCCUACAGCCCUUAACCCAGUGGACAACUUACCCAGAUUAUAUGUCACAUGAAGCAGUCAGCUGUCCAUACACAGCAGACAUGUAUGUUCAGCCUAUGUGUCCCAGUUAUACACUUGUUGGACCCUCUUCAGUUCUGACUUACGCAUCCCAGCCGCUGAUCACCAAUUUUGCGCCAAGAAGCACCACUCCAGCUGUUGUGCCGCAGCUGGAGGUGACAGACCCGCAGUCUCCUCUUACCUAUUUCCCAUGGGCUCAGCCCAUUUCUGCAUUACCCACAUCUACCCUGCAGUAUCAGCCGGCUUCCUCCUCGCUUCCUGGGCCACAGUUCGUUCCACUUCCCAUUUCAAUUCCCGAGCCAGCCCCACAGGAACUCGAGGAUGCAAGAAGAGUGAUCAGCACUCUGCCCAUUGAAAAGCUACUGCUAGAAGAUGAAGACAAUGAUACGUAUGUUUUAAAUCACACUCUCUCUGUUGAAGGGCUUUAA